AAGACGACUAUCGUGAAAAUCGCACGCGCAUUUUUUUUAACACUUCAUAGUAGUUUUUUUAGAAGCCUUGGUAUUUUUUGUUUUUUUUUUCAGUUACAUAAUCUAUGUUUUAUUGUAAUGUUAAACAGUCUGUUUUGUGAUUUUUUUUUUAUGAGGAACGCUAUUUGAAUCUCUUCCUUCUUGCCAUCAUAAUUAGGACUUAUCUAGUUUUAUAAUAUUAUGUGAAGUCUUAGUGUCACGAUGGGAGUGCCUAUAGUUAAGAAAUGUUGUUGUUGUGUCAGUUUACACACAGGAACUGUGGUUAUUGGAUGUUUGUACACAAUAUGGGCAUUGGCAGAGUUAGUGGGAUACAUCCUGUUCGUGACCCUGCAGCCUUUGAACAAGGAGGGGGAAGAAAUGUCCACCAAUAAGAAGGUGCUAUAUUUCAUGGCAGCAGCCGUCAGUGCUGUACAUCUGGCUCUUUCCAUCUUACUUGUGGUGGCCGAUGUCAGGAAGCUGGCCUCAAUGACUCUUCCGUGGACCAUCAUCACCGGUAUCAUCACGUCUGCCGUCUUCAUCCUGGGGCUGACGGGGAUCAGUCUGGUGCUGCAGGACUGGUCCGAGAUCCAGGUGCCAGAUGCCGUCUUCGUAGCGGUUCUAUUGGUCAGGGCUGUUGUGUCUGCGUACUGCAUUGUGGUGGUUCACAGCAGACAUAAGGAGAUCAUGAACGACAAGAACAGGCUAAAGGGGAUCCGCUAUCGGGCGGUUCCUGGCUCUGUGGCUUAGUGUUCUGAGCUGAAUACAAGAGUCAAAUUUCAUACGAAGACUAGUGAAGCUCUAGUUAGCAUGAUACUAGCUAGAAUUUAAUAACUAAGGAAGCUCAUUUGCUUCGGAAGGCAUUAAGAAACUCAAGGUCGCUGAUUUGACGAUUUAUCUCAGAAUAAUCAAAUAUUUUAUGUGAUUAUUGUCAACAAUUUUGUGACAAAAAUUAUAUAUUCUGUUUGUAAAAGUUUUAAUGCUUUAAAAAAUUUACUUUAAAAGUGGGUGUCUGUGAAUAUAAUUUGUGAUGUUUUUGUGAUUUUCUAAUGUACCUACCACUAUUUGUAAUUAAUAAAGCAUCUGUGGCGUGCCGUUUGAAUUUGGAAAACUAAGAACGAUGUCUGCGCGCGCAAGACGCCGCUUGGGACUUCAUCGUCGAGCCGAUCCUUCACUCUACAUAUAGCUCUUGUUAAAAUCGCAUUUCUUUAUUAAACAUUUAUAUACA